AGAUGUCCAGCACUUACUGUCAGCCGACUCGUUGAAACAUUACCGAACACAUGUGUGACGUCACAGGUGGACAUCAAUGCAAGAUGCUCGUUCUCAUGCCCACAGGGAUACCAGCUGCAAGGUCCUUCUUAUAAGAAUUGCGAGUCUAGUGGUCAGUGGACGGACAAUAGGACUGUUUCAUGUAUAGGUAAGAUUAUGGUGAAACACAAUAUGACUGGUCCUGACAGACACCAAAAAUUAGUAGAGGUCAUGUCCCUAGCGACUCAUGAAUACAAAUGCGUGUUAUCGUCUACUGCUCUCCUAGUAAGAAUCACCCUUCUCUAACAAGGCAGAUAGUACUUCAGAUAUGUACGACAGAAGUAGUUUAGAAGUGUUAUUAUGUGGGUUUUAAUUAACUCAAACACUUACAAUUGGCUAUGAUCGAAGAUGAACCAAACUUAUGUCUUACUUAAACCUUAUCGCUCAUAUUUUUUUCUUUUUUUUUUUUUAUGAGAAGAAAGAAGAUCUAAUGCUAAGAGGGUAUUUCUGUUUUUCAGUUAAGAAAUCUCUUGCUGAUAUUUUUUUUUUCAGACAUUAAUGAGUGUGCUGUAUCUAAGGGUGGCUGCAGUCACAAAUGUGUGAAUACUGCGGGAGGAUACAAAUGUGAAUGUCCUGAUCCUGAACUGAACUUAUCAUCUGACAAUAAGACAUGCUACGGUAACUAUCAUACAACAAAACAAUUUCCUGUCUAUAUUGGGAUAGAAAAGUUCCCAUCCGAUCCUUGCAGACCCAGGGGCAGUCAGUUGUGUCAGGAAUAUAAGGCGCUCGGAGUUUUUCAAUAUCUCGUCGCGCCAUCUCUCCCGACCUGAGAUAGACAGCCCUUGGGCCUCCGGGGAUGGAACUUUGAUUCACUGACCGUUGAGUAGAAAUUCGCUUGGCUGCCACUUGCACUAAGCCCGCAGCACUCGUCAAGAAUACUUGGAGGGACUCGAAUGUUGUUAUCCACCUUAGCGAUCGGCCUCCUGUCAGUGGAUGACUUUGAUUCUCCUGGAUUUGCAUAACUCUUCACACUAUACUAAGUCUCAUGUUUUACGUAUUCUUGCGUUUCUUCUGUUCAGUUUUCAUCGGAACUUCCGCUAUUUCGUCUUCGGAUAGCAGUGAGCCCCAUUGUUGUGGUUCACUAUUGCCCAAGCAGCUUCGUUUCCAGGCAGAUAUACCAUCGAUGAACCCCGUUUCCAAGCAAACAUACCUUCGAAUCGAUUGCAUAUUGCUCGCAUCACACAAAUUUGGUCAACGCCAGCUGGUUAAGAAAAAUUAGCCGAAGGAUUUGAGGCAAUCGAAAACAGAAAAAUCAGUUUGAAUAAAUAAAAAUGGCAAUUAACUUUUUGCAAAUUGGUUGAAUGGUGUUGGAUAAUAACCAAAAAAUAACCCGCUCUAGGUCAACAAGCAGCCUCUUUUAUACUACUCUUUCAAUAAUCUUCUAGACAUACCUUUUCCUUGGUUAUCGAAAACCGCGAACAAGUCCUUUUAGUAACUCGGGAAGAAAUACAACUGUAAUGUCACUGCAAAGACUUAAAAAGCUGGAUUUCUCUGUCGCAAGCUGGUCGAUCUAUUAUUGCCUCUGGCAAACAGAAAACGUUGAUGACGCAUGCACCAUGUUUCGUAUUAAAUUUCAGACGUUAAUUCCAAUUUCCGUCUCCCCCUAAAUUAAAGGUAAAGAUGAACCUUGUUAAUACGGACACUGAAGGGACCGUAAAAAGUGUCCGUCAGUAUUAACGGGGUGUCCGUUAUGUUAAGCGGGGUCAAGUUAUUAAAGUGAAAAAGACACCUUUAAUUAAGGCAAAAUGCUAAGGAAAUAAAAGAGGACAAUGAAAGCAUCAUCAAAUUAAACAUCUCUUAUAACCUUUACUAACAAAGCCGUCUUUUUUGCGGACUAAAUCUGAGGAAACACUCAAAAAUCGCUUCUCUAUAUGUUACUUCAUCAAAACUGUCCCAUUUAUACUAUAUUUGAUGCCAAAAAAAGGGGCUAUCACAAUUUCAUCCUAUCCGGUAUUCUUUAGCACUGGAUGCUUCGACAAGCUGUCAACUGUUUUUUUUGUUUUGUUUUUUUGUUUUGUUUUUUUUUUUCCUUUAAGAAGGAAAGGUCUAUUAGAUCACACAGUUAAUAAUGAAAUGUUUGCAUUAGCGAUGUUGACCUUGUAUGAGAACCUGUUGAUUGCGCAAAUAAAGGGUCCUUUGUCCGCAUUAACGGGUGUCCGUAUUAAGUACGUUGAAUUUAGAGAAAAUGUAAGGGCUUUCCAGAAGGACAAAGAAAACUGUCCCUAAUCACGAUGUCUCCGUAUUAAGCGGGUGUCCGUAAAGGGACUGCACGCUUUUUAAAACUUACUUUACGACUACUUUCCCUUCGCGUUAUCAAGAAUUACACCAUUUAAAAACUACAAGUAUAAUAUGUACUGAAUCACAUCCUAUUGACUCAUAAAGCGUUAGGUGUUAAUGUGCAGUGUAACAGUGAAAACAUGACAAUCAUCAUCCCCAAAUCCCUUCUUCUUGGUAUGAUAAUAAUAUCCUUAAAUUACAACGAAAAACUUACAAAGCUAUAG